CAGUUUCAGCGGAAUUCUUGUUCCCACAGCAUAAUUAGCAGAAUGUUAGCAGAAUGUUAGCAAAGUUUUUAUCAUAACAACCUGUAGAGUCAGCACUUUUUGCAGUACCCAUGUCCUUGGACGGUUUGGGACGGUCUGCGUCUCUCCAGUGUUCCAUUCAUGAGCUGCGAAGUGACUCCCGCUCAAGCCGGCUCAUAAGUUUCUGUGGCUUGAAGCAUGACUAGUCAGUGACACCAUAGAGAGAAGAGAGAAGGAGGUGGAUUCCCAUUGACCAUGGCUUCCCAUCCAGAGGGAAUAGAAAUGAAACACUACCCAGAGGCUUCCAAACUCGACCCAGGUCCUCUGAAGACAUUACUCCACAAAUUUGGUCUGGAAAAACAAUAUCCUAAUAAACUGACUCUUAGAUCUUUGCUCGAGAUCAACAAGGACAGUAUAUCUGAUGAACCUGUUGACUCACUCAAAGCAGUACCAUGGUACUUUCUGAAGAAGCUAUUGAUUGUCAAUGCAAAAUGUAGGAGUUGCGCAUGUUUACCCGUGGAUGAAAGUAGCAUUGAGCUUGAUAGUGAUGACAAUACAGAGGAUAAUGAGGUAAAUCUUCUAGAUCUCAUCACUGCACUCUUUCUCUGUGCUGACCGUUUCCUGCAGCAGGAAAUGGCCCUCAAGAUGUCCAUGUGCCAGUUUGCUGUGCCACUCCUGCUACCCCAGGGCACUGGCACUCAGAGCACCCUCAUGUUGUGGGCCUUGAGGGGUAUCCUUAAAGAGUGGCGUCCACAUUCGCUAUCAGAGUCAAAAGGGUUUGAGGAAGGUAAUAUUGUGCUUUUGCAAAUGCCUUUAAUCUCCUUUGUCAGGCUUCAAGCCUGUAGCAUGUCAAAAUCGCAGCUUUUGAAUCAUGUCCUCAGCAUUGACCAACAGAAUCACAACAUUUUCGCUCACAAAGACAUGGAUGGAGGGGCAGCUCCAAGGACGAUCUCAGAUGGCUUGGUAGAGGCUUGCUGGUAUCUUCCAUGUGGAAACAGAAAUGGUGAUCACUUUCCGGAACCACUAACCGUUGCUAAUUUAAGAGGAGACAUUUGUGCUUCACAAGCACAAUUUCGUUUUCUAACCCAAGUGUCAACAGCCAUCUUCGUCUUCCUGGACAGUGUUGAUGAAGAUGAACGGAAGUUGUUGCUCUCUCUUGGGGACAUGGGAUCCAAGCUGUUCCUCGUGGUCAUUUCCAAAGGAGAGGUGAGCCGUAAUGUCAGGACAUCGCUAAAGGAGAUAAUGGAUGCAUUCAAACUAAAGUCAAACAAAUUACUGAUGCGGAGACCAAAUGUCAACCUUGCAAGAUUCUCACAUCAGCUCACCAAAGCCAUGAAAGAUAUGUUGAAGGAAUCUACUUCAAAAAUAAGCAUAGAAAGUAUGUCAAACAAAGCUAUCGAUCUGGGGUCAUCUGUUGAUGAAUGCAAGACUGAGGCCUCAAAAUCAGCAGCUGAGGAGAUUCUGAAAGGCAUUGGAAACCAGAGCAUAGUGGAUUACAAGAGGAACCAGCUGCCAUUGCAAGGUGAACACUGGAAACAAUUAGCUAAGCUAGAGAAAGAGGAGUGCAGGUUAAAAUACUUCAGAGGAAACAGACUAGAAGAGUACAAGGCCAAACUCCAGAAGAAUCAACUGAACAUUAGAAGAGAGCAGAGCAAGUACAAGACUACCAAAGCUAUGGCACGCUUUCUAGGAUUCCUGGCAACAACCGAUAAAGAGGAAAAGGCCUUAUUUCUGAAAUGGUUGCAACUCAAGCUUGAUAUGCGAUCACGGAAAGACUUGGCAUCUCUGCAAAACAGAUUCAAAGAACGGUCUUUGGUGAAUCAAGAUAAUAAAUGUUUGGAAGUGCUAGAUCAAUGUCUUUUGGACUCGUCUCUGGGAAUCGAACAUUUCAUGAGAGAGAUGGGACAAAUCUAUGAGGCAUCCAGGCUUGGAAAUCCCAAAGCAUCAGCAGAACAUUGCCCUCUCCCUGCCCUGGCAGCUGAGCUGCUGUUGGAUGGCUAUCCAUUUGAGCUUUUGGAUGGAGAUGCCUCCAACAUCCCAGAGAAGUGGGUGACAGAUGUCCUGAUGGAGCUUCACAGAAAGGUGGGAGAGAAAAGCAAGCUGCUAGUACUAACUGUAUUGGGGGUACAGAGUACAGGAAAAUCAACGCUGCUCAACACCAUGUUUGGUGUGCAGUUCCCCGUCAGCAGUGGCAGAUGCACAAGGGGAGCGUUCAUGCUUUUCCUCAGGGUGGGAGAGGAUAUGAGGAAAGACCUGAGUUGUGACUUCAUCCUUCUAAUCGACACAGAGGGCCUCAAGUCACCAGCUCUAGCACAACUGGAUGAAAGCUGUGAACGCGACAAUGAGUUGGCAACUCUAGUGAUCGGUCUUAGUGAUAUCACAAUCAUCAACAUUGCCAUGGAGAACUCAACAGAGAUGAAUGAAGUCCUGCAGAUAGCUGUUCAUGCCUUCUUAAGGAUGAAAGAAGUUGGGAAAAUUCCAGUUUGUUAUUUUGUGCACCAAAAUGUGGCAGGAGUGUCUGCACACAACGUGACGGACAGAAAAUAUAUUCUGGACCGACUCAAUAAAAUGACACAGAUUGCAGCUGAGAUGGAGAAGCGGCCCUCUGAGCUGCUGGAAAAAGAUGACUUUCAGACCUUUGUCAAAUACUUUCAGACGUACGAGAUCUAUGUUAAAGAUUUGAUAUGCCAGCACAUUAAAGAAUGCUUUUCAGCUGAGCUGUCUUUUGUCAUGUUGAAAAACAAGAGGCUGAAGGAGAUCAUUCAAAAGAUAAAGGAGGCCAUAGAAAAAGCUAGCCAACCUCUGCCCAAUGACACUACAAGUGUCACAGAGUUUCUGAAAAACCUGUGCAAAUAUCUUGUCAAAGACAUCUCGAUAUCCAUGGACGCUGUGGACGGGGUCCUCUUUCAGAUAACUACUACCUGCGAUCCUUUCACCACGAGUCUCCAAGAGUCACUGAGUGACUUGAAGCAGCAAAUGGAAGACGAAUUCUCGAAAUCCACUGACGUCAUCGAAUCCCUUUACACCCUUCCCAUCAAACCUCUGGACGAGCUCUUCAAGCGGGUGUCGGGUUGUGCGAAGCAGUGCCCCUUCUGCAAAAUGCAGUGUGAUGCUGGAGACUGGAACAUCCAACCAGACUCAACUGAUGAGGCUUCUGACUACUGGAAAUACGUCCUGGUGACAUACAAUGACAGGCUGGCUGUGAAGCACAAUGCCAAGCCAGCUGUGAUUCCAGAGGCAUGGAAGAGCAUCACAAAAGCGCAAGCGCUGGAGGGAUUGAAGGUAGCUUUCAGUAUAAAACAGUAG